AUGGUCGACUACAGCAAAUGGAAAGAUAUCGAAAUUUCCGACGAUGAAGACGAGACCCAUCCAAACAUUGAUACCCCAUCAUUGUUUCGAUGGCGGCACCAGGCCCGUGUGGAACGCAUGGAAGAGCGACGCCGCGAGAAAGAGGAACUGGAGCAAAGAAAGAAAGAAAACCAACGACGUCUAACCGAGACCAGGAAAAAAAUAUCGGAAGCUGAUGCAGACAGCCCUAAUCUAAAUUCAUUAAAAAAGACGCUAGCUGAGCUUGAGAAUGAUGAAAAAAAAUUACUGAAAAAGGAUGAAGAACUCAGGAAAAAAGACAAGCAUACGCCAUGGAAUGUAGAUACCAUUAGUGAGCCGGGUUUCAAUAAAACAGUGAUUAAUACAAAAGCAUUAAGACCCAGCAAUGAAAACCUCACUGAAGAGGAAAAAGAAGCUAAAAUGAAGAAAUUUAUCAAAGAGAAUGAGAAAUUUUUGAAGCAAUUUGGAUUGCUCCGUAAAUAUGAGGACUCCACUAAAUUUUUGCUGGACCAUUACCAGUUAGUCUGUGAAGAAACUGCCAAUUACCUUGUCAUCUGGUGUAUUAAUUUAGAAAUGGAGGAGAAACAUGAUCUAAUGUCCCAUGUGGCCCACCAGACUAUUUGCAUGCAGUACAUAUUGGAACUGUCCAGACAAUUGGAUGUGGAUCCAAGAGCUUGUGUUGGCUCUUUCUUUUCAAAAAUACAAACUGCAGAACAAGCUUAUAAAGAUGCUUUCGAAGAUGAGUUAAAGCAAUUUAAAAUUAGAAUCAAGAAGCGUGCUGCAGAAAAAAUUCAGGAAGCCAUAAAAGAGGCAGAGGAAGAAGAAAGAAAGGCCAGGCUGGGACCUGGAGGAUUGGAUCCUGUAGAAGUUUAUGAGGAGCUGCCUGAUGAAUUGAAAAAGUGCUUUGAUGCCCAAGAUGUUCCAAUGCUGCAAGCUACCAUUGCCAAAAUUCCUCAAGAAGAAGCAAUUUAUUACAUGAACAGAUGUAUAGCUUCCGGGCUCUGGGUACCUGGCAAAAAUGAUGAGGAACCCACCAUGAAGGAUUCCAAAACUGAAAAGCAUUCAGGGGAAACUUCUACCAAUGCUAAUGAUGUUGACUGA